GAAUCUUGGAGCUAACAAGUUAAAGGGCUCAAUCCCGUUAGCAAUAUUCCACCUCACCAAGCUCGCCUUGUUGGACCUUCGAUGGAAUUUGUUCUCAGGAUCCAUUCCAUCAGCAAUUGCUAACCUCACUCUCCUCUCCUACCUGACAUUUGGCGGGAACAUACUCACUGGCGCAAUCCCUUUAUCUCUCUUCCGCCUCACAAAUCUUGCCAUGCUAGAGCUUCGGUGGAAUCAGCUGUCAGGCUCCAUUCCUGCAGCCAUCUCUCGCCUGGCUGCCCUCUCGCGCCUAGAUCUCAGCUUUAACGUCAAACUGACAGGAUCCAUUCCCCUUGAGAUGAAGAACCUCACCAAGCUCCAAUUGCUGUACCUCAGCUAUAUGAGUCUAUCGGGCCCCUUUCUCUCCUCGGUCUCUGGUCGCACCAUUUUCAGGAAAUUGGAGGCAGCGCACAACAGCAUCAGUGGCAGCAUACCAGACUCCAUCGGCAGCACCAUCCACCUUCAAGUCUUGGACCUGUCUGACAACCAGCUUGAGGGGACCAUCCCUGAGGGAAUUGGCAACAUGAAGGACAUUCGGAAACUGGAUCUUUCCAACAACUACUUGACCGGCACUCUCCCCACCACCCUCUCUUGCCUCUCUGGCCUGUUUCAGCUCUACCUCUGUGACAACUUCUCUGGUCCCGUGCCUGCUUCUCUUGGCAGCUCUAAAGGCCUCAUCUUUCU